CCCUCUCAACCUUCUUAUGCCUUCUCACCCUCGUCUAUUCUCAUCACCAUCUUCUUCUUCUUCUUCUUCUUCUUCUUCUUCUUCUUCUUCUUCUUCUUCUUCUUCUUCUCCUUCUCUUUUCUUCGCCCUCUGCUUUCUUUUCUCUAUUUUUCCUCUUCAUAUUCGUCUUCUUAUUUCUCAUCAUCAUCUUAUUCUUUCUUUUUUGCCUUCAUUCUUACUACGGUUACCGAUUGGUCCGCUUGAUGGCGCUAAGCUCACUUUCUCACUCAAAGUCAGUCGAUGUUACUUUUUGAAAAACAGUUUUUUCAAACGAGAAGUCGGACUUGAAGUUAAAACUUUGUGCUGUAAACUUGACUUGUUUUUGUUAAGACCUGGUGUUAAAGCCGGUUCGGUCCCAACAACAUCGUUUAACUUUAUGUACUUACAAUACGUCAAUAUGAAAGUGAAAAGUGAAAAAGUUAACUGUGAUCAAAAUAAUGCUAGAAAAUUGUUAUCCGUCAUCAAAAAGGGUGACUAUGAUGAACUACUGUUAUUAUUAAGUACCAAACCUGAUCUUAAUGUUUUCAUUAAUGGUCAAACAGCUCUUCACCAUUGUUUAUUACUUGGACGAGAUGUAAGAUGGUGCCAGCAAUUAGUUAAUAAUGGAGCUAAUCCAGAUUUAUCCAAUAAAGAUGGUUGGCAUCCAAUUCAUCUAGCAGCUUUUUAUGGACUUCAUGAAUCUUUAACGUAUCUUAUAACUUGUAAACAACAUUUGUGGAAAGCCAAUAAUGUGGAACAGUGCAACAGUAACAAUUAAGCAAUUUUAAUCUCAUUGAGAUAUAGAGAGGGAGAUAGAGGAAAAGCGAUAAUCCAAAUGAUCAAACAAGUUUUUUCACCUUUAUUAGUUGGUCUGGUGAGAAAUAAAUUUAAAAUUUGUUGGUUCAUCGAAUAUUAAACUCUGUUGACACUUUAAGAUGGACAUUGAAUUGUUAAAUGUUCAAGCUAC